AUGCGCCUCACCUUUUCAAACAUUUUUCAAAACAAAAAUUAUACUGAGAUGAAAAACUCACACGCUCAUAUAGUGAUACUGCUUAUGGUUUUGGUCGAGUCGGGCUUGGUCGAGGAGGCUACGGCACACCCAUGUGGUCGAACAUUUUUGUCGGCUUUGAUUCAACUAGUGCCGUGUAGACCAUCGGUCGCGCCGUUUAGCACAUUAUCGCCGAACGAGCUAUGUUGCGCUGCCAUCAAGAGGCUUGGUCAACCUUGUCUAUGUGCUCUUUCCAAGGGACCACCUAUCUCUGGCGUUGACCGCACACUCUCUCUCCGGUUACCUGGAAAAUGUUCUGCCAAUUUUCCUCCGUGUAACUAAUUUUUCUACCUUUUAUUAUCAAAGUUUUAUAAUACAUUUGCUUCGGUUUUUAAUUAGACUUUUCAGACAUAUAUCACGCUUGCAUGUGUAGAAGUAGAAGUCGCAUGUUUGCAACUAAAAAAGUUUGUGUAAGACUGAAAAAGACAAUGAUUGUCUGCAGAUAAUUCUUUUUUUUCAUAAGCU